CUCUCUCACUGUGGUUUCCUUUACUCAGCCCUCUCUCUUCUCUUGCCACAGUGUGAAACGGUUCUAAAGCAGAGCAGAAAGGCACGAGAGUGCAUUCAGACACUUUGAGACUGCAGUCUGAGGAGGACCAGCAGCAUGAGGGAAGAUGCUCCAAAUCUCCAAGAGGAGCAGAGCGAGGCCUAGCACUUAAACAGACCUCUGACUAACGGACAUUCGGAGCAUUCGGUUAUACACUUCUAAAUCUGACUCACAUCAUCGCCUGAAGGACUGCUAUUGUUUUUCGCAGUGAAUGUUAGUAUUGUAAGCUGCAUUUCUGCUUCCCUUUUUCGCCACACACAGGUUUGUGUGUUUCAGAGUGUGUGUUUCAGUGUGUGUGUGUGCGCGUUGUGCUUUCUGUCCAUUUUGAAACAGAGAGGACGUUGCUCAACAUAGAGCAUGUUUUCCCUUCGCGCUUGGGUUGCCAGCAUUUAAACACAUUUUGCGAAGAUUGUUUUAUUUAUUUUAAUUUAUUUUAUUUAUUUUUUUUUGCUGUGGCGUCUUUAGAUCGACCCGCCGUUUCUCAAUCAGACAUCAUGUCCUAAAAGACAUGAUUUCACCGCCGUUCUGGACUGAGAAGGAUUGUAGAGUCACACAGGAAGAAAGAUAGAGAGAGAGCGAGAGACAGAGAGCGCAAAUCAGGCCGCAAGCAAGGAAUUCUGGGAAAGGCCGUUGAUCGUGAUCGAAGGAAGCUGGGAUCCUGGAAAUCCUAAGGAAGAUAGUUAUGGGAAACGCGGCAGGCGGUACGGAACAGCCCGAGGGCACAGAGGCCGGGGUUAACCCCACGUUAGGUACCAUCAAGAAGAAAACGCCGCCUCCCAAACUGCCCAUGCCGCCCGAGGACGAACUGGAGGAGCGUUUCAACGUGGUGCUGAGCGCCAUGAACCUUCCUCCUGAUAAGAUGACACUUCUGAGUCAGUAUGAUAAUGAAAAGAAAUGGGAACUGGUCUGUGAUCAGGAGCGUUUCCAGGUGAAGAACCCUCCAUCUGCAUAUGUGAAUAAGAUCAAGAGUUUCUACCAGGACCAGGGAGGAGUGACACGCAGGUUUAAGAGGCGCAUCCAGGAGUCCACCCAGGUCCUGAGAGAGCUGGAGAUCUCCUUGAGGACCAAUCACAUAGGAUGGGCUCAGGAGUUCCUGAACGAUGAGAAUCAGGGUCUGGAUGUACUGGUGGAUUAUCUGUCCUAUGCUCAGAGUGAUGCACCGUUUGAGGUGGAGUCAGUGGAGAAUGGAGGAUCUGUUACAGACAACAGGAAGAUGUCAGACAGAUCUAUGGAGGAUCUGACCAAAAACACCCCAAUCUCAGCGACGCAUGGCAUGUCCCGGGCUGCUCGGGCUUUCACUGUCCGGCUGACUAAUCUGGCACAAGGCAGGAGAUCUCUGAGAAGUCGCUUAACCCAUAGAGACGAUGUCCAUGUUUGUAUCAUGUGCCUGCGAGCCAUCAUGAAUUAUCAGUCCGGCUUCAACCUCGUCAUGAGCCACCCUCGCUGUGUGAACGAAAUCACUCUCAGUCUCAACAACAGGAACCCCAGGACAAAAGCCCUUGUGUUGGAGCUGCUGGCCGCCGUGUGUCUUGUCCGAGGUGGACAUGACAUCAUUAUAUCCGCAUUUAACAACUUUAAAGAAGUGAGUGGAGAGAAGAACAGGUUUGAGAAGUUGAUGGAGUAUUUCAGCACUGACGACAGCAACAUUGACUUCAUGGUGGCAUGCAUGCAGUUUAUAAACAUUGUGGUUCACUCUGUGGAAAACAUGAACUUCCGGGUCCACCUUCAGUUCGAGUUCACGCAGCUCGGCCUCGAUCAGUAUUUAGAGUCUCUGAAGCUGACCGAGAGUGAGAAGUUGCAGGUUCAGAUCCAGGCGUAUCUGGAUAACGUGUUCGAUGUGGGCGCGUUGCUGGAGGACGCUGAGAAUAAGGGAGGACUGGUGGAACAUUUGGAGGAGUUACAGGAACAAAACACACAGCUGAGUGCUAAGCUACAGGAGUACGACAAUGCAGAGAGGGAGAAAGUGGCUGAACUCGAGCAGCAGCUCAUGCAGGUCACUAAAGAGUCAGCGAUACUCAAGGAGAGCUUGAGGGAGUCGUGUGCUCAGGUCAGCAGUUUGCAGCAGCGUGAGCGUGAGCGAGAGAUCCAGAGAGAGCGAGAGAAGCAGCAGGAGAGGAUAUCUCAACCUUCUCAGCUCGUGAGAGAGAAGGACAGAGACGCUGAGGAGCAGAGGGACAGCAAGCUGGAGCUAAAGCUGAAGGAGCUGCAGGACAAAGGUCUGGUGCGGCUCCAGAAGACGGCAUCAGGAUCUCUGGACAUCGAGGUCAUCCCUGUGACUGUGGUGCAGACCGUCCCUGCUGGUGUCACUGAGACAGACUCAGCAUCAGCCAAUCAGACUGCUCCCUCGGUAGCUCCUCCCCCUCCUCCUCCGCUACCCGCUUUUGCUGUGCCCCCACCACCACCACCACCUCCUCCUCCACCAGGGUGUGGAGUCCCACCUCCACCACCUCCUCCACCUCCUCCAGGGUGUGGAGUCCCACCUCCACCACCUCCUCCGCCUCCAGGUGGAGGUCCACCUCCUCCCCCUCCCCCUCCUGGGUGUGGCCCGCCUCCUCCCCCCGGAGCUCCUCCUGCACCGGGGGCUGAAACAGUGAUGAGCAGAAAGCCGAUUCAACCGAAGUUCCGCAUGCCGCUGCUCAACUGGCAAGCUCUGAAACCCAACCAGCUGGAAGGAACUGUCUUUAAAGAGCUGGAUGAUGAAAAUCUGUUAAAGGAGCUGAACAUGGACAUGUUUGCGGAGCAGUUUAAGACCAAAGCUCAGGGUCCUCCAACUGAUAUCUCCAAGAUGAAGGUGAAGGCUCAAAAAGCUCCCACUAAAGUUUCCCUCCUGGAAGCCAACAAGGCCAAGAACCUCGCCAUCACCCUGCGUAAGGCAGGCAUGAGUCCCGCUGACAUCUGCACCGCCAUCCAGACUUACAAUCAGCAGGCCCUGAGCCUGGACUUCCUGGAGCUGCUGGAGCGCUUCAUCCCAUCAGAUUAUGAGAUGAAGCUUCUGCAGAACUAUGUGAAGGAAGGACGUUCUCUUGAUGAUCUGUCCGAGGAGGACCGCUUUAUCAUGAGCUUCGGGAAAAUCCCACGCCUUGCUCAGAGAAUCAGCACGCUCACCUUCAUGGGCAACUUCCCUGAGACGGUCAAGCGGCUGCAGCCGCAACUGAACUCCAUCAUCGCAGGCUCCAUGUCCCUGAAGUCUUCCACUAAGCUGAAGAAGAUCUUGGAGAUCAUUCUGGCUUUCGGGAACUACAUGAACAGCAGUAAGAGGGGAGCGGCUUACGGUUUCCGACUGCAGAGUCUGGAUCUGCUGUUAGAUACGAAGUCUACAGAUCGCUCUCAGACUCUGCUGCACUUCAUCGCUAACAUGGUGCAUGAGAAAUACCCCGAGCUGGCCGCCUUCCACUCCGAGCUGCGCUUCAUCGACAAGGCUGCUCUGGUGUCCCUGGACGGCGUGCUGCAGGACGUACGCGCUUUAGAGAGAGGGAUGGAGGGAACCAAGAAGGAGUUCAUGGUGCAGGAUGACAUCACAGCGCUGAAAGAUUUCGUUAAAGUCAACAGCCCGCUGCUGGACUCGCUCGUUAAAGACGGCAAGACGGCGCAGGAGGCGUAUGUUUCAGUAGUGGAGUAUUUUGGAGAGAACCCGAAGACCACGCAGCCGUCCAUGUUCUUCCCUCUGUUCGUCAGAUUCGUUAAAGCGUACAAGCAAGCGGAGCAGGAGAACGAGCAGAAGAGGAAGCAGGAGAUGGCGGCGGCGGAGGAGCAGGCCAUGCCCUCGCCCAAGAAGAAAGACGCCACACCUCAGAAGGGCUCCAUGAUGCCCAUGAUGCCCAAGAUGCCUCAGAUGGAUCUGAUAGCGGAGCUGAAGAAGAGGCAGGUGAAGCCGCAGGUCACCGACGGCGCCAUCGAGGACAUCAUCACAGAUUUGAGAAAUUCUCCGUACCGCCGAGCGGAUGGCCGAAGACCGCCACAGCGGCAAGAAAAUUAACCUCCCUCAACGUUAAUCACGUUCACACGUGACAUUCCCUAUAUACACGUUUAUCUAAACAGUAUUAUUAUCAUCAUUUCUAUCAGGUUUAUUCGAUCCAAUAAAUCUUCAAAUACACUGAUAUGGUGCACACAGAUCCACACAAAUUACACACUAACACACAAAGAAACAUGUCUGACUCACACACACACACAAACACACACUUUCUUAUCACUUAUUACUUUUAAACAGCUGUAUAUAAAGGGAUAUUUAGACUAUUUUACAGUAUGUUGUCCCUCAUGCUACUUUUUUAUUGUAAUUGAGCUACUCUGAUUUAAGUAUUUUGUAAUAUUAAAAAUAGAUUGACGUUUCCGAAGUCAAAGUAGCUGCGAAUGUCUCUUUUAAUUCAUUAAAAAAAA